UUAAUGAGGUUCAAAAAAUUGGUGAUUCUUUAAAAAGGUAAUUAAAUCAGGAAAUAAAGUGAUUAGAUGCUGGAAAAUGGAAUAAGCAUUAAGUUUAUGUUGAAAAAUUCGUAUGAAUGAGCGUGAUUGCAU